AUGAUGAACAUUAGAUUAUUUAUUGUUGUGUGGUCUAUAACAAGAGUUGUGGAAUCAUUAGCAUAUCAAUAUCCACAAUGUUCUGCAUCAUCAGAAUUACGUUGUAUGGAUGAAACUCGUAUUAAUUGUGUAAAUAAUACAGAAAGUGAAAAUUCUGAUCGGUGGUGUUGUCCUGGUCUAACAUGUUUAUCAUUAACUAUACCUUCUACAGAUACACAAACACAAUAUAUGACAAAUCAAUGCGUUAAUUCAUCAAUAUCUCAUAAUACUCAAAAUUUAAAUGUAAAAAAAUUAACAGAUUUAAAUUUAAAAUUAAAUAUAAAAAAACCAACACCUAUUCCUCCCAUAUUACCAUUAGUAUGGAAAGCAUUAAAUACAACUUCGUAUAAUAUGUCAGAUGAUACAUUUAGUAAUGGUUCAAUUUAUUUUAAUCAAAAUUACAAUGGUAUUAGAGUAGAUUAUUAUCCAACAUGUGCAUUUUUACAAUUAUGGAAUAAAGGUAUUGAUAGUAAUUAUGUUCCUUGUAGUGUUUUAUUUUAUGAAGAAUAUAAUUAUUAUAUAUAUGAUACAUAUAAAAUAUGUUGUAAAUAUAAAUUUCCAUCUUGGAAAAAUAAUUAUUUAUGUUCAUCAAAUGCAACAUAUGGUGGAGAACAUUAUAUUAAUAAUAAUUUGGCAACAUUAUGGGAAGUAGAAUGGUUUUCUAAUUUUACUGGCGAAGGACCUGUUCGAAAUAUAAGAAAUACAUAUAUUAAAACUGAUAGUAAUAUGCCAGUACGAUUUCUUGAAGAUUUAGAUACGGGAUAUACUGAUUUUAAUGAGGUUAUAUUAGAUGAUGUACCGAAAUCUGUAUUUGAAGAUAUUAUUAAUAAAUAUGAAUGUCAUGAUGGAUGGCAUCCAAUUGAUAACCCAAAUGAUAAAACAUGUACACGAUAUAAUUCACAAACAUUAAGACGCUCUUGGCCUUGUCCUACUCCUACAUGUAACGUAUAA